CUUUGUGUUUAUUGGACCAUGUUGUGUGUUAUGGAACUUUGUGUUUAUAUAAUAUGUUUUGUGUGACUAUGUAUGUUGUCAUGUUGUCUUGAUUAGAAGGAUGGAGGAGGACAAAGCGAGUAGCGCCGGAAGGGAUCAGAACAAACGCUAUUGGACUCCGGAGGAAGAUAAAGCUCUCAUCGUUGCUUUGAAUCUGUAUGGUGUCCCAUUCCCUUACUUGAAUGAAAUGGAGAGUAAUUAUGGGAUGGACUAUGCUACUGGAAAGUGUGUCAAGGGCUUUGUUGAAGCCGUUGAGAACUUGGAGAAAGAAGCUACUGUACCACUUAGCCUCGAAUCCAGUGAUGACGAUGUUGCUGCUGAUGGAUCUUCCGCCCCUCCUUUAAAGAAGGUGAAAAUAGAGUGAAACGUGAAAAGAGGAAGAAAGAGCGUUGAUACCGCUAAGGGAUCACGAAGUUCUGAAUUUAUCAAGUUUGAAAACUUUGCGAAUAAUAUGAAUGUUCAUCU